GCAUCAUCUUUUCUCUUUUACUCUCUUUUCACUUUCCUUUUUUCUUUUUAUGUGCCUUUUGAUACGGCAUGGAGCAUCAGCCUAGAUAUUGGGCCCAUUAUCCACACUCGCCGACCCAUCAAUCGCCGGACCUUCCACAAGUGUCGCUAACUUCGUUUGCCUUGGACGACUACGACAGUGGUAAAUUGGACCUCAGCAGUCUAGCGUCAACCCAUCCUAUUUAUCUAGAGCGUCAAGCCAUUCCCUCGGCAGGAUCUUCCAAUUCCAGCCAUGUUUUUGAAUUGGCCUCAGCGUCAUCGGGUAUGAUGACUCACCAUGAAGAUCACAUGACCCAUCUCCAACGACCAUACCCGCAUUCCGACGAUGAGCAGUAUGAGGCUAGCCAGGCAGAAGAAGAAGAAGAAGAAGAAGAAGAAGAAGAAGAAGAAGAAAACGGUGACCCUAUCGAUCACCAGCUCGGUACCCAGCAUCAAGAUAGAAAGACAUAUCAAUCUGUUCAAGAGACAGGAGUGACCAUCCCAAAUGGGAACCGGUAUUCCCAUGAUUAUCGGGCGCAGGACCUUGAAGAAAAAUCGGACUACCGAAAAAUUAAUGCAGAAACCAGCACUAUUACGAGCACAGACACCAUGCCUUGGGGCGUGUGGGAAGAAUACCAGCCAGAUUACCGCAUGUUGAAUGAAUCUUAUCAAAGCAUGAAAGAAGCCAUUUACAAAAACAUCAAUCAGACGAUGCUAAAGUUGCAAGCGGUGGAAACAGAUUUUGAAGCCGUCAAAGCUGUGAUCCAAGAUCAAAUCGAAAAUGAUUACCACGAACUGUCGCAAGAUCUGCAACAAAAGCGCGAAAAACUGCAACAACAAAGGCUGGCUUUUGAACAAGAGCAUCGUCCCAUACAAAAAAAUCCGUUUUACAGCGAAAAAAUUCGAUUGAAUGUCGGGGGCAGCGUUUUUGAGACAUCGUUGAGCACACUCCGCCGCGAUCAGAAAAGCUUGUUAGCCACCAUGUUUUCAGGGCGUCACGGUAUCACCCAGGAAAAAAGAGAUGGAUCUUAUUUCAUUGAUCGCGAUCCUUCCCACUUUCGCCUGGUCUUGAACUACUUGCGUGACCUUCGAAUACCGCCCGCUGUUAUUCAAGAUAAGACGAUUUGCCAGGAAUUAUUGCAAGAGGCAAAAUACUAUCGCAUCGAAGGAUUGGUUCACUUGCUGCAGACCACUCCAGGUCAUUUGCAUCCCGCUCACGGUGCAACGAAACAUUAGAAAAAAAAAAAAAAAAAGAUCGAGAAAAAAAAAUUAAGAAAAAUGCAACCACCGUAAUAUA